AAAGAGCACAAUGAGAGAGAGAAAGCGAGCGAGUGAGAUAGAGAGAGAGAGAGAGGAGUGAAACGAGGACAUUUACAACAGUCAUUUUCAGUCUCAGCGGAUAACGUUCGUCAGUAGUUGACAAAGAUGGGGAAGGAACAAAGUAAACUGACACAGGAAGGCUACGUGGUAUCAAAAAAAACUGAAAGUGGCAUCACUGCUACAAAAGAUGACGACGCAUAUUUUAUAAAGAUGAUUCAUCUGACAGAGCUUCCCAGACAGGCUCUUGCUGCACUGAUGUCAGAGAUUGAAGUUCUUCGGCAAACAAACCACCCUCAUCUUACAAAUAUAAGAAACUCAUUUAAAGAUGAAAAUCAAAACAUCUACUACAUAAUACUGAAGGAGUGCCAGGGUGGGAGUCUUGCUGAUGUUGUUGGUAAGAAUCCAGAAGAGUUGCCACAAGAGAGUGAGGUACUAAGCUGGAUUGUUGAGAUCUGUAUGGCUCUCAAAGUCAUUCAUGAGGCGAAUUUGCUUCACAAAGAUCUGAUGCCAAAGAACAUAUUGUUGUCAGAAUUUGGAUUGGUGCAUUUGGGUGGAUUUGGAAAUAUUCAUGAAAGUUCAAAAGGCCAGAGUGCCACAAACUCAAAUCCAACAAUAAAUUACCUAGCUCCUGAAGUCUUCACGGGGGGAACUUAUGAUGGAAAAAGUGACAUCUGGUCGCUGGGAUGCAUACUGUAUGAGCUCUGCACGAAACAGAAAGCAUUCUCUGCAGAGACUACAAUCAAGCUCAUGCCUAAGAUAAUUAGUGGUGUUUACCAGUCUCUUCCAAGCCAUUUUUCAUUUGAGCUUUGUGAUCUCUUGAGUGACCUUCUGAAAAAAGAGCCUGAAGAAAGACCAACAGCCAGUGAGAUCCUGCUGCGCCCUAUCAUCAUCAGGUGUCUUAGAACCAAGUGCCAAACAACUGUGGAGGAUCUUCAGAUGAAGCUGGAGAAGCUGAGAGCUCUGGCAGAUGGUCUGGAGCGUGUUCAUGAAGGCACUACCAUCGGCAGCCUGACAGGAGGAGUGAUUGGAGCCGUGGGAGGAAUUACAUCCAUAGUGGGGCUUAUUCUGGCACCCUUCACUUUAGGAGUGUCACUUAUUGUCACUGGAGUUGGUGUGGGGGUGGGUGCUGUUGGUGGGGUCACUGCUGGUGCCUCAAACAUCACAAAAAUGGUCAACCAGUCUUCUGAUCGUAAAGCAGUUCGCAGUAUCAUUAAAGAAAUAGAACAGAAAAUUAGUGCAGUGGUGACAUGGCUCUUGGAGAUUAACAGUGGUAUGCAGGCCAUCAAAAACCAGUGUCCACAAGCACCUGGGACGUUUACAGAGGAAAACCUGACGAGUGUUGGCACUAGGGUUGGAAAAGGGCUUGGAGGCAUUGCUGAACUGGUCCGGUUGGUUAGAGUGGCUAACAUUGGCAAGCUUGCUGCACAAACAUGCAGGGUAGUGCGUUUGGCAGAAGUGGCAACAGGUGUGCUGUCUGGUUUGUUUGUAGCUGUGGAUAUUUUCUUCAUUGCUUUGGAUGCAAAAGAGAUUCAGCACAUUAAGGAAGCCAGAGAAGCAGAGAAGCGAAUUGAACCUCCUUCUGCCUCCGAGUCUGAAACUGGAGACUCAAUGUCAGUCUCUGAUCAGGCAACACUGUUGUCAAGCUCACUGAUGCAAGAGUCUGACAACGGUGAAAGUGACCUAGUGGCAGAGGAAGUGUCUUCUCCACCAACUGAAACCAAAUCUGAGAUCAUGAAAUUUGUCAAAUCAGUCAGGAAGGCAGCAAACAACCUGGAGCAAGUCCUGGGUGAGUUAGCCACUAUCAUUUCAUCUAUCCCUUUGUUUCAGGAAGAUAAUGAUCUGGAAUGGCAGAAUAUGGAAUUCAAAUAAGCAAAAUCACAGCUUUAAAAUGUGCUGAUUAUGUUUGUGUUUUGAAUUACAUUUGUUAUAUUGUACAGCAACACAUCAAAUUUUUGUAUGAGGAAAUGUGCCAUAGUUGGUAAUUAAUUAGUAUUAUUUUAUCCUCAGCAGAAUUUCUCCUCCUUUAAGUUUUCAAACUACUAAGAACUGAAAUUUAUGACUUAGAUUUUCUUUUACAAGUAUUACUAGAUUGUGUUGAAAUUCUCACAAGCUUUCAAAAGAAACUCUAAUCAAUCAUUUUGAAAAUUUCUUAAUAUUAUUAACAAACCAUGUUUUCAAAUAUUAUCACUGUUUGUAUGUUUGUUUGAAAAUGUGAAUAUUCUGAUGUUAUUCUAAUCAAAUAUUUACAUAUAUGUAGUAUAUAAAAUAUACAAAUAUAUUUUUUUGGGUGCAAGGAUAAUUAUUAAUACUUCAACAAUCACUGUUUGGAUGAUAUUGAAGAAAAUAAAUAUAUUCUAAAAGUUCUGUA